AUGUUCACCGAUCAAGUGGAGAGAAUGAAGAUAAUGGGGCGAUGGUUCUCGCGGUUGCGGAAGCGGCGCAAAUGGGAUAGGUUACGACAAGGUGGUGGAGGCGAUGACUGCGGCGGAGAAGAGAGAUUGGGAACUGAGGGUGAGGCCAGCGAGGACGGUUCACAGUGGCGGUUUAGUGGUGGCGCUGAUGGGUCGUGGCGUAGAGUGAGGGAGAGUGGGGCGCGGUGGUUAGUGGAGGUUGGGGAGAGGUGGCUUGCCGGUGAGAGGAAUAGCCAAUGGUGGGUGCUGCAGGAUGAAGAUGGAAUGGCUAGGAAGCGGUGGUGUGCGGUGUGGGUGAGAAGGGUGGAGGUGACGGGUGAAAUGGGGAUAAGUAGUUUGAAGAGUGGGCCCACGAGAUGUGGGGAGAAGCUUGAGAAUGUGAGGUGA